CGGUGACACGUCGGGCUGGCAUAAAAUGUGUCAUGUCUGUGACACACGAUAGUCAACGCCGACGUUUGUUAAUUACAAAAAGGGAAAGUUCUGCAGCUCUCCGUUCCCGCACCAACCCGGAAAGGGGCGGGCGCUCCGCGGCGGAAGUGCGCGGCUGCGCUCGGCCCGGCCCCUCAGCCCGCCCCGCCGGGGCCGCGGGGAGUGGCGGCGGCAUGAAGCGGUGGCCCGUGCGGUGCAGGUAAACUACAAACAUGAAGAAAUUAAAGCUUAAAGAACUGGAAAGCUGUCUUCAGCAAGUUGAUACUUUUGAAAAUCCAAAACUACUCCUUGAACAGUAUCCAACAAGACCUCAUAUCGCAGCAUGUAUGCUGUAUACAAUUCACAAUACUUUUGAUGAUAUUGAAAACAAAACAGUUGCAGACUUAGGAUGUGGUUGCGGCAUGCUCAGCAUUGGAAGUGCAAUGUUAGGAGCAGGGUUUAGUGUGGGGUUUGACAUCGAUGCAGAUGCACUGGAAAUAUUUAAUAGUAAUAUUGAAGACUUUGAGCUCACAAACAUCAACAUGGUUCAGUGUGAUGUCUGUUCUUUAUCUGACAGCAUGUCAGAGACUUUCGACACAGUUAUUAUGAACCCUCCGUUUGGUACCAAGCAUAAUAAAGGAAUUGAUAUGAUUUUUCUGAAAACUGCAUUACAGAUGGCAAAAACAGCUGUAUAUUCCCUUCACAAAACUUCAACACGGCAGCAUAUCCAAAAGAAAGCAGAUGAAUGGGAAGUGAAGAUGGAAGUCAUAGCAGAACUUAGAUAUGACCUACCAGCAUCAUACAAGUUCCAUAAGAAGAAAUCCGUUGACAUUGAAGUGGAUUUCAUUAGAUUUUCUGCCAAGAAACUCCCGAACUGAGGCAUGUCUUUAAAACCUAUUGAAAAUGGAACAAUAAAACAAUGAUUUUUUUUUUUUUUUUUAAACAUUUUAUUAUUUUAGUAUUACUAAUCUCCUCCUCCAUUUUCUGUUUUCAAUUGUUUUGGUGCAGGUUCUUCUUUUUCCAUUUCCUCUAGUGGUCUCUUCUUGGGACUUGCUGGUUCUGCAAGAUUGAAUAUGUAGUCAUUUAUGGUAAAGGAAAGCAUUUCAGUAUUGCCUGAAAUCUUCU